ACGCGCCACCAGCGACCACCACCGGUUUGCAUCCACCGCCACCUCCAACUGGUGGGAAACCCACCCGGGACAUUACGGAGGAGCCGGGGUGGGGGACACGGGUGGGGUCCCGGCUCCAUGCCCACCCCCCUCGGUCCUUCCUAAAGCGAAACCCACCCACCCCUACACCAACCCUGGGCUCCGCGCUCCGGGGGCGGAUGGAGCGGAGGAGGAGGAGGAGGAGGAGGGGAUUUGUAGAUGUUCCCUGAGGCCGCGGGCUGCCCUGGCUCCUGGCGAUGCAGCUCUCUUCCAGCGCGGCUGAGCUCAGCUGUGACGAGACGAUGGAGCCCCCCUCGGAGGACUUCCAGCAGGUCCUGUCCAUCGACCAGAUCCGCUCCAUCCGUGCCAGCAACAACUACGUGGAGCGCCCGGCCGGCUGCUGCCAGCAGACCCGCUCCAACCCUUCCCUGGCCCAGCCGCCUCCCAAACAGGAGUGGUCCCAGGACCGCCUGGCGUCUUCCACCUUCCAGGACCUGCACCUCAGCCACCAGAUGCCACCUUUGCGACAACACAUGAGCCAUUCCAGCACGGCCAGCUCGGUCUCCCAAAGCACCACCACCUCCGACCAACGGCUCCUCAGCAGCCUCACCCCUUCCCACUCCGGCCAUUCCCUCAUCCGGACGCAACCGCGGGCGGGGGAGCCGAAAGCCGAGGAGUCGCCGCUGAAAGGGGUCCCGGAGAAGCCCUCCCUGCAGGGCGGCCACCACCUCCUGCUGUGCGAGGAGUGCGGGCGCUGCAAGUGCGCCCGCUGCACGGCCGCCCGCAGCCUGCCCUCCUGCUGGCUCUGCAACCAGCGCUGCCUCUGCUCCCCCGAGAGCCUGCUCGACUACGGGACGUGCCUGUGCUGCGUCAAGGGCCUCUUCUACCACUGCUCCACCGACGACGAGGACACCUGCGCCGACGACCCCUGCUCCUGCGGGCCGGGCUCCUGCUGCGCCCGCUGGGCUGCCAUGAGCUUCCUCUCCCUCCUCAUGCCCUGCCUCUGCUGCUACUUUCCUACCUUGGGCUGCCUCAAACUGUGCCAGCGGGGUUAUGACGGGCUCAAGCGCCCCGGCUGCCGCUGCCAGAGCCACACCAACACGGUCUGCAGGAAGAUCUCCUCCUCCGGCAGCACGCCUUUCCCCAAGACGCUGGACAAGCCGGUAUGACCCUGCCAGGGAGGAGAAGGCGGCUUUCCUCCUCUUCCUCCCCCUCUCCAUCCCUCUCCUUCAGCUCCCUCUGCUCUGCAGCGCUCGCCCACUCCCCGCCACCGCCCCCCCUUCACCCGCCUCAUCCCCGCCGGGGUCCUCUAAGCUCUGGGAACACCAGGGUGGCAGGGUGACCAGGGCAGCUGGCACCGAGCUGGUAGGGAAUGGUGGUUUUGCACACGUGGGUGAGGGACCAGGAGAGGCAGAGAGAGUCGCUGGUGCCCUCCCCAGUGGAGAAGGGUGGCUUAGAGGGUCCUCAGAGCUCUGUUCUCAGAGGGUUUUAGGAGCUGCUGUUGCCCCCAUGGCGUGGUUCUUCCCAGUGAGAGAAAGAGGCAGGUCACAGAUUCACAGAAUGGUUUGGAUUGGAAGGGACCUUCAAGACCAUCUAGUUCCAGCCCUCCCUGCCAUGGGUAGGGACACCUUCCACUAGAGCAGGUUGCUCCAGGCCUCAUCCGAGCUGACUCCGAACACCUCCAGGGAGGGGGCAUCCAUGACCUCCCUGGCCAAACCUGUUCCAGUGUCUUACCAGGUCAACAAGAGUCAACCUCACAGCUGUGCACAAGUCCCCCAGCAGCCAGACCUUCUUCU